AUGCCACCGACGUCCCAUGAGCAGACUCUGCCUCCGUUCCGGAAGACACCACCGUCCAAGGAGCCACCGACGCCGCCGUCCCAGAUGCCACCGACGUCCCAUGAACAGACGCCGCCGCUGUUCCGGAGGUCACCACCGUCCAAGGAGCCACCGAUGCUGCCGUCCCAUAUGCCACCGACGUCCCAUGAGCAGACGCCACCGCCGUUCUGGAGGUCACCACCGUCCAAGGAGCCACCGAUGCCGCCAUCCCAGACGCCACCGACAUCCCAUGACCAGACGCCGCCGCCGUUCCGGAGGUCACCACCGUCCAAGGAGCCUUCGUCGGCCCUGUCCCAGACACCACCGAGGUCCCAUGAGCAGACCCCGCCGCCAUUCCGGAGGUCACCACCGUCCAAGGAGCCACCGACGCUGCCGUCCCAGACACCACCGACGUCCCAUGAGCAGACGUCGCCGCCGUUCCGGAGGUCACCACCGUCCAAGAGGCCACCGUCGUCUCAGAAGCCACUGUCGCCUCCGUCCCAGACAUCACCGAUGUUCUAG